AUGAUGGCAAACGAAUCCGAAACUGCAGACGAUUCCUAUAUCCUUGGGACAAGUGUAACGUGGAAGUGGGUGGAAAAAAAGCUUCAAAACGUAUUUCAAACGAAGGCUUAUUUUGGAAGGAAAAAAAAUGCGAUUCGGAUUGGAUACGGUGAGGGGUAUGUUUGUGUUUUGGGUCGAAUGUACCUGGAUUGGGUUAAUUAUUCUGAAUCAGACAAACUGCCGGAAACACUUGUUAUCAAGCUGCCUGUGGACCAAGUGACUGAAGAAAUGCAGCAGGAUACAACAUUUAGGACGGGAUCAGCUGGUUGGGAUUUGCAGAUCUUCAGCACCAUGAUGCAUGAUUUCAGGGUGAAAGGUCACGCCAAUGAAGUAAUAUUCUAUAAAUGGCUUCAGCAAAAAGAUAUUAAUAUUGAGAAUAUCCCGCACUGUUAUAUUGCGCAAGAUUCCAAUCAGGACCAGUCUCAGGGGUUAUUGGUUAUAGAAGAUAUGGGUGAAGAAGCAUAUGCUUCAUUGCCUUUUGAUGGUCUGGAUUCUGAAGACUUGUCUCAGGUGCUUCUGAGUUUCUCGUUCCUAACAACAGAUAAUUCGAGCCAUAUGUAG